GACAGCGCGGCCCUGCGCGGACGCGCGGCGCCUAUGUGCUGCCAAAAUUGAGCGGAAGGAGACAUUUGGCGAGUCUUUCCACAAAUACCUACUCCGCGGCCAGUGUGCGCUUGAUAAAGCGAUUUGUGAUGCUGCCCACCGGCUCGGCCUCAGGAGUGGACGACGACGCGGCCGCGCCGGCACGCCGUCGAGCAGGCGUGGCGGCCAGCAUCAUGAAGCAGCAGUCGGAUCCCACGCCGGCUGCCGAGGACGUGCCGGCGUCGACCUACGCGCGUCUGGAGCGGUCCGUCGUCGCGUGGCUGGUUGCUGAUAAUGUUUUGUACACGUUUGCCAGUCUGAGCAAGAAGAGCGUCCGCUUGCCUUUUUUGCUGAUGGAGAAUCUCAUGUUUCCGAUCUGCCUAUCGGUCUGCAUGCUAUACGCAUUCGGCACCUUGGAUUCGUCGGCCGUCCGUAAGCGCGUGGUCGUCAUUUGGGUCAGUUUUAUGCUCUAUCAGGCCGUAUUUUCGUUUAUUUUCUGUUGGGUGCAAGGAUAUCCCCUUGCACGGGCGGUGGGUAUUACCGUUUUCUUCGUGCUUAUCGCCGCUGGCUUUUCCUGGCUCAUAGGCAUCAUCCGUGACGAACUACGCGCCCUCGGCUCCUUGGAUGCGACUCGUGUCAAGCGACUAUUCGAAAUCAUGGGAAUCCAGCUCGCGCUUGUGGUCGUCGGUGCCACGCAGGGCCUCGGGCGAGGGGAUAUGCCACGAAUCGUUGGAACGGUAACGUUCUCGCAGUCAUUGACGAUGGCCUGGUUUUAUUCGCUGGCAAUUUUCGAUGUAGCAGGCGUAGAUGUAGCAGUGGCAGGGACCCGUCUGCAACUCCGGCCCAUCGAAGGGGCUGCCUUAUUCUUCACGGGAACACUCGUCCUUGCAGGAUUUGCGGCGUACGUAGUCAGCGAGCAGAACGAUCCGUCGCGAAAGAUGGCCAUAGCUGUCUUCUUCGUGUUCGCCGCCUCGAUGAUCGGGGCCUACGUUAGCACCGCUCGCAUCGUUUCCGCCGCCCGGCGGAAGCGCCGGUCGAAGGUUGGCGACGACCUACCAGCAUAAAGAUGGCGAAAACCUCCCUAAGUAAAACUCGGC